AUCCGACUUCUCAUAGGCUGCGUUCCCUUUAAGCUUGGUCUGCAAUAUACCCUUUGCGUCCUGCUUCUUGCUCUCUGUCUCUUUUCCUUGCUGUAACGUGCGUGCGUAGAUACAGUUGAAUUCUCCCGUCGAAUUUCUGCGAUGUCACAUCUCCAACAACGAUACAAAAAUCCGCGCAGAGGAUUUGGCGACGCUGAUCAUAGUAGAUCUGUACGCGCGUACUAUCAAGAGAAAUCACGCAAAGAAAUCAGGACACAGGACUUCGCCAAGAAUCGCAAAUUGCACGAUGUAUCGACGCCCACCAGUCCACAACGUGCAGAGGACAAACCUAGGGUUACAGGUGACCGUGCGAAAAAAUUAAUGAGAUGGAAGGAAGAGCGUGAUAGGAAAAAGAAAUUAGAGAACUCUAAGAAAAAACCUGUAUUUAAAGUUGGCGUUGUUCAUCAUUCCCUCUAUUCUCCUGUAGCUAAAAUUAAUACUGCACCAGAUAAAAUUGUGAAAUCCAGCCAAGCAAAAUAUUCAAAUGAUAAGAAACGAAUAACAAGAGCUACAGAGAAGAGAUUGCUUGCUAAAGCAGCAAUGAUGAAGCAAAAAGCACCAGCUACAAAUAAUAUAAUGCCUGUAAGUUCAACAAGACCUCUGGACAUCAAGAAACCAACACCUGAUAAGUUUCGGAAAUCAUUUGCUCCUAAUAGUCACAAGUUUAGGCCACCAUCUGGAUUACCAAAGUUGCCGCUAUUCGGUGUUGUAGCGAUAGAAGAAACACCUUCAGAAAAAGGUAUUUUCUUUGAAAACAAAUCAGGAGAUCAGACACAACAUACAAAUGAUCAGAAAGAUGCAUCAGGAAAAUUAAAUACGCAAGAUCUUGAUCUUAAUGCUGCAUCAAAUCGGAAAGAUUCUGUGGAUUCAAAAUCGCCAGCAAAUAAACAGAAGUUAAAUGAAUCAGAUUCUAAUUUAAGCGACAGCACAUCUGAACUAAAGGAAACAAAAAAUGUAUCGUUGAACGAACAGGACAUACAAGAGGAAAAAUCUUUGUCAACCAAUAUCGAUACGGAGAAUUCAGUACAAAUGACUCCUAAAUUUGAUCAAUCUUUUAUGAAGGAAAACUGUGAAGAUCUCAUUAUGUUUUCGCCAUACCUCACGUUAAGUCGUGGUAAAAAGAAUGCUAGAAAGGAACAGAUGUUAAGGCUUGGCAUUAGUAAUUCGCCAUCAACUGAUAUCCCAACCAAAAACACGGUAAUGAAAAAUCUAAACAUAUCUGUUGAAGAAGAGGAACGCACUGCUCAGUACUUCAAAUUUCUCUUGAAUAGGGAAAUAACUAGACUUAAGGAGCUUUGUACUAAAUGGAUGAACAUCCGACUGGAAAAGGGUGUCCCAGAAGAUGCUAUGUAUGAAAUAAGCCAAGCAGUGGGACAGACCAAUUUGUUGAUGAAUAAGAAGUUUGAAAGAUUCCGCAAUCUAGUGUCGGAUUGUGAAACUGGCAAGGGACAAAUGCUGGUAACAUGCAAGGAUUUACAAGGAUUUUGGGAUAUAACAUAUAUGGAAGUCAGGAAUUGCGAUUUGCGAUUUGAAAAAUUGGAGCAACAACGUAACAGAGAAUGGCAGGAGGAGCAGUCCGCUAUUGUCAAGCCUGCAACGAAGAAACGAAUGACUACUAAGAAACAAAUUGUAUCAUCAAAGCCAAGUUCAUUGCGAUCAAUAAUAUUAGCUGCUAGACGAAAGAAGAUGGCAGAAACGUCAAAUAUAGAAGAUACGUUGCUGCAAAAUCCGAGUAUCGGUAAAGAGCAUUUAUUGCCAUCACUGAAUAGCAAGAGGUCGAUAGCUUUUAAAGAGAACGCCGAUAUUCGACAUACAAGAAAAUCCAUAUCGAUAGAUGGUUUUAAAUCGGCUCCUACCAAACGCGAUAGCUUUAAGGCAAAUUCGACAAAAAUUGAAAAGGUGCAAUUUUCCGAUAAAAUUACGAGAAUGAAGAGUCCAUUGACAGUUAUGAAAAUAAGUCAAAUGUGUAAGACACCGGAAAUUCAAUUAGAUGACACAAUAUCGUACAUUAAUUCCGAUCAAACGCCAGGCAAGAGUAUAUUAAAGAAAACAGAGAUUAUAGAGAAAAAAGAGAUUAUAAACAAAGAGAUUCGCUUAAGAUCCGCGCACAAAGUCUUAUUUGAUGAUCAAGUAGCCUCGACUGAAGCCGAUGAUAAAGAAACACAAAUUAAGAAAAGCUUGAGCGUUGCAUUAAAUAGAAUAGACAGUCUCGAGUUGGAUGACAUAAGUCCUGAAGAAUGCAUUAAUGUUGAAAGAAAAUUGAUCUUUGAAACCGAGGACUCAGAUAGCACGGACAGUCUUGAUUUGUUGCCAUCUGAAGUGCAAACACUACUUGAAAAAAAAAGAAACACAUCCAAAUCAUCUGCGUCAUAUAUCCCUGACUCUGAUCCACUGGAUCCUCUGAAAGACAUAACAUCUGCGAUAGCUCUUAAAGAACCAUCGCCAAAAGAUAAUGUAAAGACUAAGUGUAGGACAAGUUUAAGACGUCGAUCUCAACGUAAGAGAGCGACAAACAAUGGUAAGAUGGAAACUCCAUAUAUAAAUAUUAUGCCUCCAACGCCAGCCAACACUGAGACACCUGUCAAUCUGGAAACAACUUUCACCAUAGAAAAUUUGGAACAAGAACUAGAGGUAGAAGUGAAAACACUGAGAAAUAGAACUAUUACGAUAAAUGACACUCCAAAAACUAAAAGAAUGAGUAAAAUAAUGACCCCGAAGAAAGAAAGUGAUAGUAAAAAGGAGAAUGAGAGUCCUGUGAAGUCAAAUAGAAGGAAGUCGUUAAAGUUAUCGCAAAUAGAUGAAGAUGUAAAAAAUGUAGAGAUUAACAAGAAUAGUUUCAAAAAGAGAAGAUCGUCCCGGAAAAGUGUUGCGUUUAAUGUUGAAACAUGUUUGAUUUGCGCUGAAAAUAAACCAGUAUUACCUAUGACUCCUCAUUCGAAACGUGGGACACCAUCGAGACAAAGUCGAAGCAAACGUGUGUUUGAUGAAAACCUUUCAUUGCAGAGAACGCCAAGAUCUCUUAGUCGGGUUACGAGAUCUCAUACGAAAAAUUAAAUCUGCCUGGCAACAGUAUACUGUUUGUAAACUAAAUAACCUUGAUUGGUAUA